GAAAACUAAACGGCCAAUCAAAUUCUUUCCGUUGCAGACGAAUUCAAAGCGUGCUCAUUGCUGAAAGCCUUCAAAUAACGAAAGGUUGUCGAGAAGAAACUAUCCAAAGACGGUCAUCAAGAAAUUUUAGACGAAUUCAAAGCGUGCUCAUUGCUGAAAGCCUUCAAAUAACGAAAAGUUGUCGAGAAGAAACUAUCCAAAGACGGUCAUCAAGAAAUUUUAGACGAAUUCAAAGCGUGCUCAUUGCUGAAAGCCCUCAAAUAACGAAAAAUUGUCGAGAAGAAAUUAUCCAAAGGCGGUCAUCAAGAAAUUUUAGACGAAUUCAAAGCGUGCUCAUUGCUGAAAGCCCUCAAAUAACGAAAAGUUGUCGAGAAGAAACUAUCCAAAGAUGGUCAUCAAGAAAUUUUAGAAAUGAAGAUUAACCAAGUUUUCUUGAUUUUGAGCAUAAUUGUCAUGUGUUAUGCAGGAAACAUUGGAAAAAUACAGCUUCAUAAAGAAUGCGAUAUUGAUUUUGAUUGCGUAUGUAAUGCAACAGCACCGUAUCAGUCAUGCUCGCAGUUGUGUGAGCCAGUAAAUUGUUUUGAAAAUGUUAACAUGACCUGUGUGGCGAAAGAAAAUUGCACACAAAACUGUGAAACGGGACUAUGCUUCAUGACCUGUCAUGCUAACAAGUAUUGUGAACAAAACGCAAUCGAGAAUGGUGCAAAAGAAAUGAAGUGUUCUUCCGCGACACGAUUAUGCAAACAAUAUAGUGAAGGAGACUCUAAGAAAAUGCUAUGUGAAGCAGAUAAAUGUGACCAGAAUUGUGACAGUGGUAGUUGUACUAUGAACUGCACUGACUCGGUCAGUUUCUGUUCUCAAAAGUGUACAACUAAAACGCGCUGUGUUCUAGACUGUCAAGCUAAAAACUGCAUUCAAGAAUGUAGUGGUUCUGGAAAUUGUAUCUUCGUCAAUCGUAAUAAGACUAAAAACUGCAGUGAAGAACCUAGUGGUUCUGGAAAUCGCACCAUCGUUAAUCCAGGUCAAACUAAAAACUGCACUCAAGAAUGUAGUGGUUCUGGAAAUUGUACCAUCGUUAAUCGGGGUCAAACUAAAAAUUGCACUCAAGAAUGUAGUGGUUCUGGAAAUUGUACCAUCGUUAAUCUGGGUCAAACUAAAAACUGCACUCAAGAAUGUAGUGGUUCUGGAAAUUGUACCAUCGUUGAUCUGGGUCCAGAAAAUUUAGCUUCCAUUAACUCGCAUGAAUUAUGUUUAGCUAUUUCAGUAAUUAGUUUUGUUUUGUGCCUAGUGGCUUUGUGACAUUUCUUUAAUUCAAUUUUACUUGUGUGUUUGUGCAUGUACACAUGUAGAGUCACUGUGAUUUUAAAAAUCACGAAUUAAUACAGUAGAACUCCAAUAACUCGAACUUCAUCAAAUUGAAGUCACCGCUCACUCGAAUUAAAUUGAAAAUCUCGUGUCUUUGAUGGCACAUUUAGUCCAUUUCACGAUCUGGAAACGCCAAAGUGUAAACUUUUAAGGGUUAAAAUUUGAAAGUCAAAAGUGUAAAUUUAUUUAAACUACAUUAAAUUAUUAAAUUAUACAUGCAAUAUAGUUUCAAAA